UGGCAGCGAGUCUCUUACAUCUAAAACGUUGGCACAGUGAAUUCAUUGGUGAAUACUUUGUUAGCCUUGUCGGUGGGUCAAAUAGUGUCUCGCUCAUCAGUUAACUUAAAGUUUAAAUUAAACAGGCAUAAAUUAAAGUGUUUAACAUUAUUAACAAAAAAAAUAAAUAAUUUAAUAAUUCAAAAAAAUUUACCAAGUGCUGACAGUAAUAACGUGUAUAAUUAUUACCAAAGUAACUUUUUAAAUCAAACUCGACUCGUGUUACUUGCUAGAAAAGGCAACGAUAAAAUAACAAAAAUGCCGGAAACUACACCAUCACAUCAUGUCAAUGGAUAUGCCAAUGGACACGCUCCACCAGAGCUACAACAAGCUGGCUCUUUUCUAUUCACAUCCGAGUCUGUUGGCGAAGGACAUCCUGAUAAAAUGUGCGAUCAAAUUAGUGACGCUAUUCUUGAUGCACAUUUGAGACAAGAUCCCGACGCUAAAGUAGCCUGUGAAACUGUGACCAAGACUGGUAUGAUACUUUUGUGCGGUGAAAUAACAUCUAAGGCUGUCGUUGACUACCAGAAAAUUGUAAGAGACACCGUGAAUCACAUUGGCUAUGACGAUUCUUCAAAAGGUUUUGACUAUAAAACUUGCAACGUCUUGUUGGCAAUAGAUGCACAAUCGCCGGAUAUCGCUGCGGGAGUACACAUUAAUCGUAACGACGAAGAAGUUGGUGCAGGCGAUCAGGGACUGAUGUUUGGCUAUGCAACCGAUGAGACUGAAGAGUGUAUGCCACUUACUGUAGUUUUGGCCCACAGAUUGAAUCAAAAAAUUGCUGAAUUAAGACGAAGUGGAGAGCUUUGGUGGGCUCGCCCUGAUUCUAAAACACAAGUGACCUGCGAGUACAUAAUGGAAGAUGGUGCAUGUGUGCCAAUUCGGGUUCACACAAUCGUUGUAUCAGUUCAACACAGCGAAAAAAUAACACUUGAUGAAUUACGUAGAAUCGUUAUGAGCGACGUUAUCAAGAAAGUAAUCCCCUCUAAAUACCUUGAUGAGAAAACUGUUUUCCAUGUAAAUCCUUGCGGUAAUUUCAUCAUUGGUGGACCACAGAGUGAUGCUGGUCUCACUGGCAGAAAAAUAAUAGUCGACACUUACGGAGGGUGGGGUGCUCACGGCGGUGGUGCUUUUUCAGGAAAAGACUUUACCAAAGUCGACAGAUCAGCAGCAUACGCUGCAAGAUGGGUUGCUAAGUCACUUGUUAAAGCUGGACUCUGCAGGCGUUGCCUUGUACAAGUAUCUUACGCGAUUGGUGUCGCAGAACCUCUUUCUAUUACUGUUUUUGACUAUGGAACCUCUAAAUUGGGGCAAAAUGAACUCUUGGGAAUUAUUAAUAAAAACUUUGAUCUUCGACCUGGUAAAAUAGUAAAAGAAUUGAACUUACGUCAUCCAAUUUAUCAACAGACUAGUACGUACGGUCAUUUCGGUCGUGAUGGUUUCUCUUGGGAGCAACCCAAAACAUUAAUUAUUGAUUGAUGAGAGACAUAAUAUUAACUAA